AUGAAGGCCACUUUCUUCGCCGCCGCUGCGGCCAUGGCUGGUGCCGCCAGCGCCGCCAACCACCGUCACGCUCACCAGAUGUUCGCUAAGCGCGGCCACGCUGCCAGCACCGGCUUCCCUCUUGCGCCCACUGGUGAGGUCUGCCUGCCUGGCUGCACCACCAUCUGGAAGACCAUCACCGGCGAGGCCACCCUGGUCCCCGUCACCGUCACCACCGUGACCUCGACCUCGACCAACACCUCGACCGUCCGCAUCACCCCCAGCCCGACCUCCGUCUCGGUCCCCGUCCAGACUACCACCGUCGUCGUGGUCCCAACCCCCGAGGUCCAGCGCUGCCCUACGCCCGGCACCUACACCUUCCCGGCCACCACCCUGACCGUCACCGACACCACCACCGUCUGCGGCGCUACCACGACCAAGGUUCCCUCCGGCACUCACACCGUUGGCGGUGUUACCACAGUUGUCACUACCCAGACUACCGUUACCUGCCCUGUCGCUACCGUCGUCACCUCUGGCGGCGUCACCACCAGCACCAUUCGCAUGACCGAGUACGUCUGCCCUACCGCUGGUACCUACACCAUCGGUGCCCACACCACCGCUUGCCAGACCGAGACCGUCAUCGUCUACCCUACGCCGACCACCAUUGCUCCCGGUACCUACACCAAGCCCCAGGUUGUCGUGACCGCCACCGAGACCGACUACGUCACCGUCUGCCCCUACACCAGCUCCGGCCUUCCCACCGCCACCCCUACUCCCGUCGCCGUCAGCACCCCCGUUCCUGCUCCUGCCAGCAGCUCCGCUGCCCCCAGCCCUGCUGCCCCCAGCUCUGCUUCUCCCAGCGCCGCCGCUCCUAGCCCCUCCGCUCCCGCCCCCGGCAGCAGCAAGACCGAGGUCAAGGGCACCAAUGACCAUUACGCCAUCACCUACGGCCCCUACGUCGGUUCCACCGGUGCCUGCAAGUCCAAGGCCCAGGUCGAGAUUGACAUUGCCUCCAUCAAGGCCGCCGGCUUCCAGGCGGUCCGCAUCUACGGCACCGACUGCGACACCCUCGUCAACGUCGUCCCCGCCUGCGUCAAGCAGGGUCUCCAGGUCAUCGCCGGCAUCUUCGUCAAGCCCGGCCAGCAGUGCUCCAUCAACACCCCCGACGUCAAGAAGCAGGUCGACGACCUCAUCGCCAUGAACAAUUGGGACGUCAUCCGCCUGCUCGUCGUCAGCAACGAGUCCAUCAUGAACGGCGUCUGCUCCGCCUCUGCCCUCGUCCAGCUCAUCAAGGACGUCAAGAGCGCGUGCCCCGGCUACCAGGGCCCCGUCACCGUCGCCGAGACGCUCAACAUCUGGCAGCAGCAGGAGGUCGCCGACGCGCUGUGCCCCCUCGUCGACGUCGUCGGCGCCAACAUCCACGCCAUCUUCAACCCCAACGUUGACGCCUCCGGCGCCGGCGACUUCGUCAAGAAACAGAUGGACAUCCUCAAGGGCAUCUGCAACAAGAACGUCAUCAACCUCGAGACUGGCUGGAAGAACAACGGCCCUUGCAACGGCAAGGCCUGCCCCGGCGCCGACGACCAGAAGAAGGCCAUCAGCUCCAUCCGCAAGACCUGCGGUGACGCCUCCGUCUUCUUCUCCUUUGACGACGAGGGCUGGAAGCCCGCCGCCGACCAGGCUUGGGGCCUCACCGCCGUCUUCAACUUGGCCCAGCAGUAG